GCGGGGCGGCCCGAGUCUCGGUGCGCUGCGCGGGAGUCUGUCGUUCUCCGUUUCACGGCUUCCUAGCGCUCCAGAUCGGGAGGGUUCCUUCGCCUGCUACUACUGAGAGUUGUGUUUCCGAGGGAUUGAGGAGAACCUCCCAGGAACCGAAAAUGCCGAAACCAAUCAAUGUCCGGGUCACCACCAUGGAUGCGGAGCUGGAGUUCGCCAUCCAGCCAAACACUACUGGGAAGCAGCUUUUUGAUCAGGUGGUUAAGACUAUUGGCCUUCGGGAAGUGUGGUACUUUGGCCUCCAGUAUGUGGAUAAUAAAGGAUUUCCUACCUGGUUGAAACUGGAUAAAAAGGUGUCUGCCCAGGAGCUCAGAAAGGAGAGCCCCCUCCAGUUCAAAUUCCGCGCCAAGUUCUACCCGGAAGAUGUGCCUGAGGAGCUCAUCCAGGACAUCACCCAGAAGCUCUUCUUCCUCCAAGUGAAGGAAGGGAUUCUGAGCGAUGAGAUCUACUGCCCCCCUGAGACUGCGGUGCUCCUGGGGUCCUAUGCGGUACAGGCCAAGUUUGGAGACUACAACAAAGAGAUACACAAGUCUGGGUACCUCAGCUCCGAGCGCUUGGUCCCCCAAAGAGUGAUGGACCAGCACAAGCUCACACGGGACCAGUGGGAGGACCGCAUCCAGGUGUGGCAUGCCGAGCACCGCGGGAUGCUUAGAGACAGCGCUAUGCUGGAGUAUCUGAAGAUCGCGCAGGACCUGGAGAUGUACGGAAUCAACUAUUUUGAGAUAAAAAAUAAGAAAGGAACAGACCUGUGGCUGGGAGUUGAUGCCCUUGGGCUGAACAUUUAUGAGAAAGAUGAUAAGUUGACCCCAAAGAUUGGCUUCCCUUGGAGUGAAAUCAGAAACAUCUCUUUCAAUGACAAGAAGUUUGUCAUCAAGCCCAUUGACAAGAAGGCACCUGACUUCGUAUUCUACGCCCCUCGUCUGCGGAUCAACAAGCGGAUCCUGCAGCUGUGUAUGGGGAACCAUGAGCUGUACAUGCGUCGUCGCAAGCCCGACACCAUUGAGGUGCAGCAGAUGAAGGCCCAGGCCCGCGAGGAGAAGCACCAGAAACAGCUGGAGCGGCAACAGUUGGAAACUGAGAAGAAGAGGAGAGAAACUGUUGAGAGGGAGAAAGAGCAGAUGAUGCGGGAGAAGGAAGAACUGAUGCUGAGGCUGCAGGACUAUGAGCAGAAAACCAAGAAGGCCGAGAAAGAACUUUCCGAGCAGAUCCAGAGAGCCCUGCAGCUGGAGGAGGAGAGGAAGCGUGCCCAGGAGGAGGCAGAGCGCUUGGAGGCUGACCGUGUGGCCGCGCUGCGGGCCAAGGAGGAGCUGGAGAGACAGGCUGUGGAUCAGAUAAAGAGCCAGGAGCAGCUGGCCACGGAGCUCGCUGAGUACACAGCCAAGAUUGCCUUGUUGGAAGAGGCGCGGCGGCGCAAGGAGGACGAGGUGGAGGAAUGGCAGCACCGGGCCAAAGAGGCCCAGGACGACCUGGUGAAGACCAGGGAGGAGCUGCACCUGGUGAUGACAGCGCCCCCGCCGCCCCCGCCCCCCGUGUAUGAGCCGGUGAAUUACCACGUCCAGGACAACCUGCAGGAGGAGGGCACCGAGUACACAGGCUACAGCGCCGAGCUCUCCAGUGAGGGCAUCAUGGACGACCGCAAUGAGGAGAAGCGGAUCACCGAGGCCGAGAAGAAUGAGCGCGUGCAGCGGCAGCUGCUGACUUUGACCAACGAGUUGUCCCAGGCCAGAGAUGACAAUAAGAGGACCCACAACGACAUCAUCCACAAUGAGAACAUGCGGCAAGGCCGCGACAAGUACAAGACGCUGCGGCAGAUCCGGCAAGGCAACACCAAGCAGAGGAUUGAUGAAUUUGAGGCCAUGUAGACACUCCAUGAGGAGGGCAGGACUGUGGGCAGGCAGGUUGGGUGUGAUGGCUUCUGGGAGUCACUGUCAGACACCUGAAAUAGGUAUUUUUUUAGUAUUCUAAAUCUAGAAACCCUUCAUCAUCUUCAGUUUCUUUAAAAAGCGAGUAGUUGUUUCAAUGGGAAUACUCUGGGGCUGAGGACCAGUGGAAGCUUCCCUGCUUUAUUAUCCCAAUUGUAUCAUAGUGCCAAACAGGCCUGAUUUUUUUUUUUAUUAUUACUAUGGGAUCACCUCCUGUUUUGUGCUUGGAGCAAAACCGAUUUGAAUUAAGGAAAGAUGCCUGUAAAGUCAGAAUAGCAAACUUUGUGCUGGGCAUGUGUGAUACAAGAUUCAGUAUAAUUAAAGAAAACCACGUGGUGGCUUAUAAUCCGUGCCAUACUUUUUUUUUUCUGUAUUUGAAAUGAGCUUAAUUGAUUGAUCUGUUCUCGAUUUCUAUGAAGAAUCCAUCUUUGUAUAUUUGUUUUUUGAGGAGUGAAAAUUAUUUUGAAAAUUGAGUCUAAAACACAAACACACACGUAUAUUUCCUUCCUCCACUGCAGUCGGUCGACAGAAAUCCUGCAGCGAUCAUUCAGAAUGAACCAUACAGGAGGACACUCCGGGAUAAACUUCUGUGUUUUACUUAACAGUUAGAGGAACAUGUUGUUGGACUUCUUUACCCCUAAUGAACGAUCAGCUGUAGAGUAUAGUAUUUAUAUAUAAGCGAUAACAUGGGUUUGUAACAUUAGUUUAAGAAGGGAAAGUUUUGUUCUGUAUAUUUUGUUACCUUUUACAGAAUAAUAAAAGAAUUCCAUGUGAAAAGCCACGGAAUUCGUCACUGCAUCUGACGUGGCGGGUCACCGUCAGGAAGCUGACUCCCUGCUAUCCUGCCUUCUGUAAAAAUGAUUUUUUUUUUACUCGUAGUGCACCUCAUGCAUGUAACUGAGUGUGCAUUCCUUGAUUUUCUAACAAAGCUUCUUGUUUGAAAAAUGCACGCUGUUUUGAUAAUUCUGACUCCAGCCUUGAAGGGCCCCUGUAAACCUGUGUAUCAUCCCUGUGUUCCCACACACCCUCAUUCUGACCUCUUUCCAUUUGCUUCCCCAUCAUGGAAAAGCCACUGAAGUGUCAGCUUCCACGUCUGUUGGUUCUCCUGGCUUGUCUUCCUUUUCAUGGGCUGCUUUGUCCUUUUCAGUUACUAUAUCACGUGCAGCUGCAUUCCACGCCACAGCCACGUGAAAUAAAAGAUCUGCAAGGCCA